UCGCCCUGUAUAUAUAAACAUCACACAUAACCUACUGCUACAUAAUGUCAAUGCGGUUGGCAGAUCAUUAUCACAGUCAUUAUUUAAUUUCAAUAGUUUAUUUAAAAUCAGUUAAAGUUAAAAUCUGUAAAGUCAUAUCAAAACAUAAUAGUCAUAAUAGCGGUAUCCUGUAAUAUGGGAUCAAUUUUAUUUUAUAAUAGGCAUUGCAUAUUUAAAUUUGUUUUUAACUCGAUAUAAACUACGAGCUUAAUCGUUUGUAACACAUAUUUUUCCAAGUUGGGGUUUUAAGUGUGAUUGUUUAAAAAUAAAGAUGUCUUUAGUUGUAACAAGAAUACUGUUUAAAGGGACAUUUCGCGCUCAACUUUUUACUAAUGGAAUUAAGAAGCCGUAUUGUGCUUUACUUUUUCCCAAUUUUAAAGUGAAUUUUAAUGAAAAUGCAUAUUCCUCUAUUAGAUAUGUACCAAAACCAUGCCUAAGUAAACUACACAGUACGUGUAGCCCAAUUAGCCCAAAAGUAAGGCAAUUUUCAAGUAAUGUUGAUGAUGGAAAGAAGAAUGAUAAUGAAGACACUGAAGAUAAGAAAAAGUUAUCCCUUUUCCAACGAUUUAAGCAAAUGUAUAAAGAUUAUUGGUAUGUACUUGUACCCGUGCACAUAGUAACAUCAGUUGCAUGGUUUGGUGGAUUUUACUAUCUUGCCUAUAGUGGUGUUGAUAUUCCAGCACUGUUGGAACUUAUGAAUUUCAGUGAGAAAAUAGUUAAUUCUAUGCGAAAUUCAAGUAUGGGCUAUGUUGCUAUCGCAUAUGCUCUUUAUAAAAUUGUAACACCCUUAAGAUAUGCAGUUACAUUGGGUGGAACAACAGUCACCAUUCAGUACUUGAAAAAGCUGGGAUACAUUAAACCUAUGCCGACAGAUCGUUUAAAGAAAAUGUAUUCGGAUACUAAGGAGGGUAUUAAAGGAAAAAAGGAAAAUUUAAUGGUGAGUGUAAAAGAAAGUGUAAAGGAGACAAAAGAAGGAAUCCAAGAGAAGAGAGAUAGUAUAGUUAGCAGUGUACAAAAAUCAAGUACAAGCAUAAAAUCUAUGAAGGAUAAAGUUAUCAGUCAUUCGAGUACAGAUAGAAGUAGCAAGCCAUAAUAUAGUAGGACUUUCAGUCAUUUUUUUUUAAAGGAAACAUCGUCAGACAAAUAAUAUUUUAGGUUUUGUAAAUAGGUAUAUAAUGGAUUUUGUUUUCAAAUUAUUAAGAGUUAAUUUGUUUUAAGUAUAAAUUUUUUUUAAAGAAGUAUGGUGAUGUUUUGAAUUUAAUGGAGCUUUAUGCAUGUAGGUAUAUUUACAACAUAUUUCUUGUUAUAAAUAGCAUGACUUAUUUAUAUUUAUUAAGAAAUAUAAGUUAUCUAUAUACAUAACAUAUUUGAAAAUAAAAGGAUUUCGGACUUCAU